GAAAGCCCAAAGAACACCAAGUAGGGUUUCUGCAAAAGUAUUAGAAUCACCAAUUUUCUUCAAAUCCCCUUCUUCUUCGUCGCCUCAUUUCCACACCGCCGGAGCAAGCGAAGCAUCAGAAGGUCAUCCAUCAAUGGCGCCAAAGCAGAGAACUCCCCAUACAUGCCGGAACCCAGAUCUCAUCAGGGGUGUCGGGAAAUACUCCCGCUCCCAGAUGUACCACAAGAGGGGACUCUGGGCCAUCAAGGCCAAAAACGGCGGAAAAUUCCCUACCCACGAGAAGAAGCCCGCUGAAGCCGCCGUCGCCGUCAAGCCGCCGAAGUUUUACCCUGCCGACGAUGUCAAGAAACCCCUUGUCAACAAGCGCAAAGCCAGGCCCACUAAGCUCAGGGCUAGUAUCACUCCAGGAACUGUGUUGAUUAUAUUGGCUGGAAGGUUCAAGGGGAAGAGAGUUGUGUUCUUGAAACAACUUACAUCUGGAUUGCUUCUCGUCACCGGUCCAUUCAAGAUUAAUGGUGUUCCAUUGAGAAGGGUGAACCAGUCAUACGUAAUUGCCACUUCAACCAAGGUCGACAUUAAUGGAGUAAACGCUGAGAAGUUUGAUGACAAGUAUUUCUCCAAGAAAGUCGAGAAGAAGAAUAAGAAGGGUGAAGGAGAGUUCUUUGAAGCUGAAAAAGAGGAGAAGAGUCAGCUGCCACAAGAGAAAAAAGAUGAUCAAAAAACAGUAGACGCCGCUUUGAUUAAAUCAAUUGAGGGUGUUCCUGAAUUGAAGAGUUAUUUGGGUGCAAGAUUUUCUCUCAAGGCAGGAAUGAAACCACAUGAGCUUGUAUUUUAAUUUUAGAUGAUAUGAUGAUAUGCAUUUCAACACAUUUAUUAGCGUCGAGUUUCUUUUGUUUGAGUUCAUCUUUGAAUUGGUAGUUUUGUUUUUUUGUUCUCGUGAUAUUAUUAUUAAAUUUGAGAUUUUGCAUGA